AUGGAUGGGUCUGAUGAUGAGCAGGUACCUAAGCAAGUAGAGUUUAAUGCUAAGAGUGACAUGAGAAAUGUUGUACUGAAGAAGGAGAUGAAGUUCCCUAACGCAAAGGUGUUCAGAGCUGCUUUGAGGGAGUAUGCAAUCAAAAAACCUAUUGACAUCAAAUUCAAGCUUAAUGAGAAGACCAAGAUAUCAGUUCACUGCAAGAAUGGGUGUGGGUGGAGAUGUUAUGCAUCUCAAAUAAGUGGAGAGCUAACAUUUCAAAUUAAGACCUUGACUGAUGACUGUACUUGUCCCAAGUCUUUCAAAAACACCCAAGCAACAUCAGCUUAUGUUGCUAAGAGGUUCAUUGAGGAUUUUAGCAAAAAUCCAAAUUGGGAGGUGAAUGGUGUACACAACCAUGUGAUGCAAAAUUUAUCUGUUGACCUAAGUGUAAACCAAGUGUAUAGGUCAAAGAGAAAGGCAAAGGAUUUGAUAAAUGGAGAUGAGCAACUGCAAUAUGGUGUCCUUAGGGACUAUGCACAAAUGAUAACCACUGUAGACAAGGGGAGUAGGGUUAUAUUGCAGACAGAAAUGGCUGAGGAGACUUCCCAGCCAAAAUUUAAGAGGAUAUUUGGUGGGCAAAUCUUAUCUGCCACUGCCAAGGAUGCAAAUGACAACAUUUUUCCAGUAGCCAUGGCUGUUGUGGAACAAGAAACCAGGGAGUCUUGGAUAUGGUUUUUGGAAAUUUUUGCUGAUGAUAUAGGGAGGCCAGAGGAGCUUCAGUUGGUCUUCAUUUCUGAUAGGCAAAAGGGGCUUAUACCUGCAAUAGAGACACUAUUCCUUACCAUGGAGCAUAGAUACUGUGUGAAACACAUCUACAACAAUUUCAAAGUUGAUCACAAGGGAUUGGAGCUGAAGGAUACAUUGUGGAGGUGUGCUGCUGCCACAACAGUAAGGGAGUUUGAGAGAUGCAUGCAGUACAUAAGGGAUUUGGAUGAAAAGGCAUAUGAGUAUCUUGCAAACAUUGCACCUGCACAGUGGACAAGGUCACACUUCACUCCUAGGGCCUUAACAGAUUGUUUGGUAAAUAAUUUGAGUGAGUCUUUUAAUGCAAUGAUAUUGAAGUCUAGGGACAAGCCUAUCUUGGCAAUGUUGGAGUGGAUUAGGGUUAGACUUAUGACUAGACUUUACACAAAAAGGGAAGGGAUACAGAAGUAUGCUGGAAAGUUGUGUCCAAGCAUACAAGAUAGGUUGGAGAAAUUGAAGGUUGAAAGUAAGGCAUUUAGUGCUACCCCAGCUGGUAGUUUCCUUUAUGAGGUAGGCAGUCAGUAUGAGAGCCAUUUAUACAAACAUUGA